AUGGCCGACUCCUCAAAACCCACCGUCUUGAUUAUCGGUGGUCUCGGCUUCAUUGGCCGUCACCUGGCUCUCUAUCUCCACGAAAACAACCUGGCCUCGGAGGUUCGCAUUGUCGACAAGGUACUUCCGCAGCUCGCAUGGUUGGCCCCCGAAUUCGAGGAGGCAUGUUCAAAGGAGAAGUUCGUCCAGGCCGAUGCUAGCCGCGAACAUCUCGGAGAAAACGACGAAAGAAGCGAGGGAACUAACCCGGCAGCAGAGCACAUUCCUCGCAUUUUCGACCGGGCUGAUGGCAAGGAAUUCGACUACGUGAUCAAUUGCGGCGGGGAAACCCGCCACUCCCAGCCAGACGAUGUGUACGAGGCUCGCAGUUUUGCGCUGACCAUGACCCUGGCUAAAGAGUGCGCUCGCCGUGGGAUCUCGGCCUUUGUUGAGACUUCGACCGCACAUCCUCCUCCACACCCGCGCAAAGAAACCGAUAAGAUUCAACCAUGGCAUAAUUUGGCCAAGUGGAAGAUCAAGGCGUCGGAUGAACUGAUGAAGAUCCCCAAUCUGCAGUAUUGCGCCCUGCGCUUGCCACAUGUCUACGGCGCGUACAACUCGGAUUAUUUUGCGAUGCUCAUCUGCGUGGCCCGUGUGAACGUGGAAAUGCAGCAGGACCUCGACCUACUGUACAACAAGGAUGUGAAGGUGAAUACGCUGCACGUCAGGGAUGCCGCCUCGGCACUCUGGAGGGCUGCUGAAUGGCGCGCGAGCGUGGGAAAGCUUGAGCCGAGUAACCCGAAAAUACCGGACAUAUUCAAGGACUCGAGCCGGCCGAUAGCAUUCAACGUUGUCGACCACAACGAUACCAAACAGCAGCAUUUGGCGGAAGCCCUGACCGAAGUAUUCGGUCUCAAAGUCUCUUUCGUUGGAUCUCUUGCUUCCCAAUUGGCCAAGUUGAACCUGGAUGAGGUCCUCGACGACAUGAACGAAGUCAACUUGCAGGAAUGGGCAGAGCUGGUCGCCAAGAAGGAGAUCCCUCGCCCGGAUAUGUCAGUUGAUGGAUCGCUGUUCGAAAGCACGACCGGUUGGAAGCCCAAAUACGAAACCUUCAAUGCAGACAGCGUUCGCGAGAUGGUGGAGAGCUACAAGCGGAUGAACUGGUGGCCAUGA